CUGGGGUUGAAAAUUUCGAAUGCCAUUUUUCUUGUUCUUCCGUAUAAACAAAAAACAAAGACUUCCAAUCGAUCCGAUCCUUUUAUUAUAUUAUUACUUAAGCUAUGAGGUACAUUUGCAGGACUUGUUCGCGUAUGGCUGAUCCUGCAACAGCCAAGAACCUGUUCGAGCCUUCGAGCGAUUCCGUUUUGCGUCAAAUUGAGAUAUUGACCAAUUUACAGCUAAAAGAAAACGACAAGUUGCCCAGGUUUAUAUGCAAAGAGUGCCAGCACGACUUGCAGAUUGCUAUUGAUUUCCGCAGGGUUUGUAUCGAGGCACAGGAACUGCUCGAGUUACAACUGAAUCAGGUGGAAAAAGGUGAGGAGUCUUUACAAAGCCUGGUGGAGGAGUAUUUAGAUGACUGCUCGGAGGAGAUCUCAAACUCUUCGCUUGUGCAACAGGAUAAUGAUGAGCCCGUACUUAAGCCGGAGGCCAUAGAUGAUUUGGUUGCAAUAAAGCCCCUUCAAGUUCUUCAAGAGUUUCCUUCGGAGGACGAGUUGUCAGACGAAAAUUUCGAUCUUUCACCCUCUUCGAAACUAGCACAACAAAGUUAUCAAAAUACGGAAGACAUCGAUAAUCCAGACUCCUCUAGUCAUACGUGCAGCAAAUGUGGCCUUGAUUUCGACAAUGUAGAUGAGCUAAAGCUUCACAAGUACCACCUACACGACGUCCCUCCAAACACCAAGUUCAUUUGUGAUCAUUGUGGCGAGGGCUUCCGUUCGGCAGCCGCUCUUACGAGACACUGCAACAUGAUCGAUCUCCCAUUGCUUGUUUCGUGCAGCAAAUGCAGCAACAAAUUCCACAAUCAAAUCCUGCUGGAAGUUCACAUGGAACGAUGUCAGAAACCGGCAGAUACCCAACAUGUGUGUCACAUAUGCGGAAAGAGAUUGACUACAUCCUAUAACCUAAAGAGUCACCUGGUUCGUCACUCAGGAACUAAGCCCCACAAAUGCGACCAGUGUGACUCAUCCUUCGCAGCUGCAGCUGAACUUAGUUCCCACCGGAAAACUCAUACAAGUGAGCGUCCGUACACCUGUCGCUACAACUGUGGAAAGACCUUUCGGUUUUGCAGCGCUCGUAGCAUGCACGAGAGAGUUCACAUGGACGCCAGUAAACGCAUUUACCAAUGCGAAUAUUGCCCCAAGUCCUAUAUAACUCCAAGCGAUUGUAGAGCCCACCAAAAGUAUCACAACUUGACUCGUGAUUUCAGUUGCGACAUUUGCCGUAUAAGCUUUAAGACACUCAAGCACUACACGUCCCAUACGAAGUCAAAUGCUCACAAGACCCUGGUGGCCCGUGAUAAAGCUACCCAAAAGUGAAUCUCAUUAAUACAUUAUAUCUUGGAAUUGAAAUUAUAAUCUCCAUCUGCAAUUUAAUUAUAUACAUAUAUACGCGCACCUUAAUAUUUUUAAUAAAGCUUAUGGGU